GGCCCGGCAGUCGACUGUCGACAGUCGUUGAGGAACGAGCUGCGCGUGCGCACGUCACACGGCGCCUCCACGCGAACUGUGCAACGUGCCGUUAUAGUGUUUCAUAAUCUGUGAUUGUUUACUUUUUUAAUUUCCACACGAUUCGGUCGAACUGCACUCGGCCAACGACUCUACAAGGAGAUAUCGAACAUCAAUGCGGCCAUCGCGGACGUCGAAUAACGAGUAACAACACGACAAUGUGACGAAGCAUUCCCGCCAAUACCAGUCGGCCAUCUUGAAUCAUAGACAAGCCCUGUUUCCAGUAAAGAUGGCGCUAUUAGUCCUGAUGAUCGCAUGCUUGUCAGCGCUCGCGCACGCACAGUCAAAUUACGGGUCACAGGCUAACAAUAUCGAAUACCAGGGAGACGGUCUGCCGGAGCAGACGGUCCUCGAUGGAAAGGUGACCAAAUUAGAUGACCUCAGUCCAGUCAUAUUCUUGAACCGGACGAAAGCUACUCUAAAUUGCGAAGCUGGUUCUAUGCAGAUCGAAUUAAAGUUCAAUGAGAAAUUCUAUGGCAUCGCGUACGCAGACUUCGACCGUCAUUCAGCCUGCCAGGUCUCAGGCAAGGGAGCCACCUCUUAUAAACUAGAGCUGCCACUCAAAGGAUGUGGGACCAAACAGGAUCCACUUCGCGUGUUCACCAACAACAUAGUGGUUCGAUUCCAUCCAGGAUUGGAGAUGGAUGGGGACGAGGUCAUCACUAUCGUCUGCCGUUAUCCGCCUCCCAUCGUGCCAGUCUUCAAGCCUCUCAUAUACACGCCUGAAGCUAAAGGGCCUCUUCCGGCAAAGGCCCCUUUAGCUGGUACCCACAUCCUUUUGAUAAUCUGCGCAAUCCUGUUCCUCACUCUACUACUCUUGGGGCUCGGUGUGUCAUACUUGUGUCUGAACCGACGCACGCUGCCCGCGCCCAGGAGAUUGAUUGAUGAUUCAUCCGCUUCAAUCAUCAGCAGGGAGAGUAUACAAGAGGUGAAGAUCCCCCGCGCGCACCCUGUAUAUCCAGCAGCAGCUGAAAGUGCCAGCGUGGCCUCCGACACGCUGCCCUCAGACUACCCCUCGGAAACUCCCAGCGAAGCUGAUCACGCCCACGCCAACCAGGCGUUCAUGAUAGAUGAUUACCAGAGCGAGGGCUAUGGGGAGUCCCACGAAACCAGUCUGACCCACUCUCGUCUAACUGGAGCGGCGCCGCCCGCCUUCGAUGUACGAGUGAGGGUUCAACGACCUCCCGCACCACCGUCUCCAGUAUCUACCAUCACUACCACUGAGGUCGACGGUGGCAGCAUCAGACAGCAGACUCUGGUGGAGGAACACGAGAGACAGGAGUCCGUCCGCACGGUGUCUCCCGGCGCCCUACCACUGCCCGCCAGAGCAGUACAUGCUUCACCACCUGAGCGUCCGCCGCGGCCACCCGCCCUCUACACCGAGGUCCAUAGAGAGAGACAGGAAUGGUCCCGUCGUCCGCGGUCCAUCGCCUCCCUCAACACGGAGAUGACCGACACUCACUCGGUCACUGAGGUAACUGACCGUUCACAUGCCAGGAUGUUCCAUAUCAAGAAACCACCCCCACCACCACCUGUGAUGACGGAACGCUUGGAGACAGAGGAACAGGAAAUGUUGAUGGAGAGUCUUGAACCCAUCCCAGAGACACCUAUCAUGCCAGCGAGAAAACCAGAAAUAACUUCACACGUGGUGGACGACGUGUUCCUCCGAACUAUCACCGAGAAGAAAACGAUCGAAGAUAUUGAACGUCACAAACGCCUGGUCACCGAGUAUCGACAAGUGCCGCACGUGCCGCAGUUCGACGUUACCAUCCGGAACCACACGCAGCCGGAGGCACAGUGGGAGAACUUCUCGGACAUCAGCAGUGCCUCGGGCAUGACCUUGACGCCCAAGAUGGAAAGGGUACCACUUUCAUUGCCACCGCAGAAGUUUAUCGGAAAAGGAGGUCCAGAUCUCUUCUCUCCGGAGCUUAUUAAGCAGACAGAUGCGGUGUACUCGCCGUCGUCGCCGGAUCUGCCGCUACUACCAGAACUGCCUCCAGCUCGUAAUCCACUUUAUAGAGAAGAGGACGACGAAGACGUUCCGGAGCCUAUCCCGUCUCCUCCCGUCCCACAGAAUUGGAGCGUGUUGACGAGGGUACUGAAGACUGAAGCGCAAGAUGAGGUGCUAUCAGAAUCUGAGCGCGUCCAUCGUCUAACUCGUGAAGAGCGUCUCCGCUGGCGCGAGCUCAUCACUCAUGAGAGCACGUUGCGGCGAGAGCUCGCUUCGUCUUCCUCCAGGGACGACUUCACUCGCGUAUCCCGAGAUCAUCGUUACGCUCCUUUGUAUACGCCACCAAAGUGGGAGGUCAUUAUACGUAUCCUAGCGCCACCACCAGAUAAACCGAAGAACCGCUACCGCAAGAAGUCUGAGUGGGAGUCUCGUUCAAGGAGGAGUUCUCUGCCCACGCUGUAUGAGUACGACAGUGACGCCACCUCGCUGAGGGAGCCGCAGCGGUCACGGCGGUCGUCCUACCGCAGCGACCACGUGGACAUGAGAUCUAUGUCUGAGAUGAUGGUGGACUACGCCAGAGAGCAGGCGGACACACAUUCCGAAGUGUCCGCUGGGACUCUCCUCGGCAGAUACUACGACGACGACAGCGACUCCGAGCAUCAUUACAACCAGCAUCCUUCGUGGCGUAACUCUCUACACCGCUCAGUGAGUCAGCCGUCUCUAGCUCGUUCCGCCACCGAGCUCACGGAGCGGUGGACGGCCCCGGACGGUGACGUCACACCCACACCACCGAGACGGAACAGAGGUCUGAUAGGUGGCCAAGGAAUGACAGCCUUCACGUCGUCUGAAGUGCGCACGUUCCAGGCGUCUAGGGAAUGGAGAGAAUAAAUGAUAACUUUAUGAUUCAGCAUCGAACCUGACCGGGACGAUGAAACGAGUGUACAUUAUAUGACCUCCGAAUUGUUGAUGUCUCAUGAGCGAUGACGUGAAGGCUCUGGAUGGACGUGAUUAUUGUAAAAUAACGAAAAUAAAAAAAGAAUAUCUAUUUUAACAAAAUUAAUAUAAACAACAGAAUAUAUAGAGUUAUGUGUUAGUGAAUGUUGAGGACAUGUUCGCUCAAAUGCUUUUUAAAAUCUUCACUGCCUCUUUAUUGUGACAUCCGUCUCUUAUUAUAAGAUCGGACUAUGUUCUUUUACUUAUAGGAUAUAUAAAAAUAUAUAUCCAUAUUUUUAUUUCCUUAUAUAUAUAUCCUUUCCUUUGUUAUUAAGUAAUAAAUAUCUAAUCAUAUAAUACUUACUGAUUAUGUAUAAUCUUUAAAUUUUAUAUUGACAUUUUAAAAUAUAAGUUAAGAGAAGCCAUUAUAACUAUUAAUUAGAUUAAUCAUUGAUCCGUCCCUUAUUUUAAGUUUUGUUCGCAAUACGAGAGUAUCAUUUCGAUAAACGAUAUUACCACUUAGUGUAAAACUUAACUAACAUUGUGCCAAACGCGCUAACAACCCGCUUCGUUUAACAUUCGAUAUAUUACUGUCUCUGUAACUGCCAGUGGAUGUUUAGAUGUUUUUAUAUUGUAAAUAAUAAUGAUGGAAAACCUAGCAGUCGAGGCAAGUUGCGUUAUAAGAAAUCGUUUGGAAUAGUUGAUAGUUCACGAUUUAAAAAUCUUUCUUGCCUUGAUUGCUAUGUGCGGGUAGCUGUGGGAGACGUCAUUCGUCGGCAUUUCAUGAAGGUGUUUGUUAAAAUUAUAUUACAUUGUCAAUUUUUAUGAUGAAACUACGAUGGUACGGAGGUGACUAGCUUAGUAUCGGAUCUGCGUUAGUGGUGCUAAAAUUCAAUGGAUUACUAAAUAUAUUUACACACUGAUUGAUAUUGUAUUUUGAUAAUCAUUUACAAUAUACGUGCCUUAACAAUU